AUGGCUGCAAGGGAUAAGCGGAAAAACAUCUGCCUAAUGGACACAGAGAGAACUGAUACGAAGGAAGAAGAAAUUGAUCAACCAAUGGAUACCAAUCCUGAAUUAAAGCAUCGAGAAGCAAACAAGCCAAAGCGUGGCAGAAAGAAGAAUAUCAAACAAAUCUAUAAGGAAGGGUCAAAUUAUAAUCAAGUUCACGAUAAAGCAGGAACGAGCAAAGACACUCGAGAUGAAGUGGAAGAAAACAAUGCAGCACCAGAUGGAGUUGGACCAAACAGUGAAGGACCAGAAGGAGCUGAACCAAAUAACAAGGAACCAGAUAGCGGUAGAAUGGCCAAUCAAGAAGAAAUUGGAGCUAGGCCAACAAAUGAAGAAAAAGAUGAGCAUGAACUGUUCUCAAUGCCAGAUAAACCCUCGAGGUCGGUUGCUUAUGAUUUGGGGAAAAGCAUAGAUGUACCAGGAGACUUGGCAACCCUCAGGCAAAAGCAUAGAGAUGGAAUGUACCAGUCUCUGGAGGAAUUCAAGAAAGAUGUUUUGAAUGUGUUCAACAAGGCAUUAGAAUCCAACGCCCCAGACACCAUCCCUUACCAAGAGGCGAAAUCUCUUCAAGAUCAGGCCAAUCAGAUCUUCAGAUAUCUGAGAUCCAACCCGCUCUAUGCAGAGAAGGAACUUGCAAACUGGCAUCAAAAGUAUUUCAAGUAUAAGAAGAAGCCAGCGAAAUUUGAAAAAAGUCCAGGAAUUUUUAAAGUUGAAAUUUUAGAAUCUAGGUUGCGCCCCAGAGCUGCCAGCAACAUGAAGCAGAAAAACGCUGUCAAUGAUGAUGCAUCAAACAGAAGAGCACAAUCAUCGAGGACCAAAAAGAAUCCCAAGCAAAGGGUUGGUAGUUCCAAGACCUAUGAUCCUCAAGAUUUUGAGAAGUCCAACUCUCCAAUAGAAGACAGAAGAAACACAUAUAAGCCUGAGAACAAUUCAUUUGAUGAAAUAGCUUCAAUGGCCUUUCAACCCAUGAAACUCGUUCGUAUUGUCAGCUAUGAGGAGAGCCUGAGGAAAUUUGUCAAGGAUGCAGGUCCCGUGGCUAAGUUGUUGGCGGAGAAAAAAAUUCAGGAACUUGCAGAACAAACCCAGGCAUAUCAAGCAUCUAAAUAUGAAGAAUUCUCCAAACCUCAAAUGAUUUCCCAAAUGCCUCAAAUCGGUGACUGGUCCAAGAGCAACAAAUUAAAUGCUGAUCCAACCAACAUUUCACUGCUGACAGAAUCAUACCUCCCAGGAAACAGUGCUUCUCCACUGCAAAGCAAUAGCUAUGCUGCAAUGUUUGAUUCAACCCUUUCCGUUGCAUCUGCAACAAACUAUUUCAACAUAUGCAGCUCAGAAUAUCCUGAUAAUAGCUUCGCUGAAAAUUUAAAUUCUGUUCAAGGAGCCAGCUGUGAACUGCACACUGAUGAUCUGGUUAAUUGGUUCUCUAAGAUUGGAACACCUGAAUUCUUACAAGGCAGCAUUUCCAACAUGGAAACAAGUUCAAUGGGAGCUUCUGAAAGUGCUUUAGGAGUGAAUUCUCAGCUGCUUUAUGGAGAAGGUAGCCAAGCUGUGGUGCAGGGUCGAUACCCAGGUUAUGCUAGCUCAGUUACACUGCAGGUUUUAAUGACACAUACAAAUAGGAGCUCUGAGCUGAAACAACCUGAAUUCUCGCAAAAGCGCCAUGUUCAACAUGGCACCAAGGUGCAGGGUCGACAUCCAGGUUAUGCUAGCUCAGUUGCUGCUGAUUCAAUGACACAGAUAAAUAGAAGCUCUGAUCUGAAAACUACCUGA